AUGAUCCGCUGCGCUGCCGCUUUAAGACGCAGGAGUAACUCCGGAUUGGCAGAGUUGAGAGGAAGUACGGACGCGAUGUGUGAGGAUGAGUGCAGGGAGUCUCAGAGCCAGGGGGCGCCAGCAGCCUUUCAGGAACUCACUAAAGCAGAUUAUCCUUCCUCUACUCGUCCAUACACCGUAAUUUCAAUAGUUCUUUGUGAGAUGGCAGAUUGGUUUACCAGUUCUCGCGCGCGUUCAGAUAGCACGUCUAGCUCCGCGUCUCAGUCCACCUCGUGUAGGCUGCUCCUUCGGCAGCGCCUGUCUCAGCUGCUCACCUGCGUGGAGGACCUCAGCUCGGACGACGAGGCCAACGAAGAGGUGUCCCGUACGCUGGACGAAGCUUUCCAUCUUUGCGGUCGCUACGUUUGCCGAGAUUUCUUCAGACUGCACAUGGUCACAUGGAACGUUGCCACGGCAGAGCCUCCGGCUGAUGUCAAGUCUCUCCUGCAGUUAGAUUCCCAACCUGCCACUGACCUCUAUGUGAUUGGUCUUCAGGAGGUAAAUGCCACUCCUGUGAAGUUCAUCUCUGACCUGAUGGCAGACGAUUCCUGGAGUCACCUCCUCAUGAACACGCUGGGACCCAGAGGAUACAUCAAGGUGACCUCUGUGAGGAUGCAGGGUCUCCUGUUAAUUCUCUUUGCCAAGCAGGUUCACCUCCCCUUCAUUAGAGACAUACAGACCACCUACACCCGCACCGGCAUUUUUGGUUUCUGGGGAAAUAAAGGAGGAAUAUCAGUGCGUUUCUCAUUCUACGGUCACAUGAUUUGCUUCCUUAACUGUCACCUGGCUGCACAUAUGAAUUAUGCUCUGCAGCGCAUGGAUGAGUUCGAGUAUAUCCUGGAUACGCAAGACUUUGACAUCUACAACACGCCACGGGUGCUGGACCACAAGGUGGUGUUCUGGUUCGGUGAUCUAAACUUCCGUAUUGAAGACCAUGGCAUGCACUUCCUGCGCUCAUCGAUCAACAGUGGUCGCUUUAACCUUCUGUGGGGAAAGGAUCAGUUGACCAUGCUGAAGAAGACGGAGCCCAUCCUACAGCAGUUUGAGGAGGGACCACUGAGCUUCAAACCUACGUACAAAUUUGAUCGUUUCUCUGAGACUUAUGACACAAGCCCACAGAAGACAUGGUUUGGCUUGAACGGUAAAAAGAGGAAGCCUGCCUGGACUGACCGUAUUCUUUGGAGAGUAAAGCCCAAGUUGUCCAAUGAAGAGGAUGAGAGCGGGUCAACAGCAUCAUCGAUUGAUGAUGAAGAGUUUCCAAUUAAGGUGAUACAAGACACAUACACCUGUGAUGCAGCCUACGGAGUCAGCGACCAUAAGCCAGUCAUCGGCACAUUCACCCUGGAGCUGAGGAAGAAGGUGGAGAAUCCACUGGUCAGUUUAUCUGCUGAGGGCCAGUGGAGCGCUGACGAGGAUGCCAUGCUUACCUACACCAUUCUCGAAGCGUUCGAGUCCAGCACCUGGGACUGGAUCGGCCUUUACAAGACUGGUUUCAAGAGUCCUUCAGACUAUGUUACAUUUGCCUGGGUUAAAGACGAUGAAGUUGCCACCAAUGACGAAGUCGUUCAGGUGAGCAUGAAAAAAGACAAUCUUCCGCUGCUGGCAGGGGAGUAUGUACUAGGUUACUACAGCUGUAACAUGCAGAGCAUCGUUGGUUUUAGUUCACCCUUCCAGAUCUUUGAGUCUAAGCGCGCCGUAAUGGAGGGGCUGGUGCCUGAAAACAUGAAUGGAACAGAAAUGGCCAAGUAA